AUGAGAGGAGUGAAAAGAAAACCGGAGCGGGGUUGGGGUUUGUGGGGUGGAAGACACGAACCCAAUUUAUCGCCGUUGUCUUUCAAUUCCUCGGAUCGCCGUCUGCCGAUUUUUUCCCGCUGCCACCAUCUUCCACCAGCCAAUCACCGUGAAGAUAUCUUUACUUCAAGUUCUUCAGAUCUAAGGCGGACUGACAUAAUUUUGAUUGAACCGCUAUUUAUUCAAACUAAACAGAAGGUUAGAUGUAAUUAUUGUCAUCGGGAGUUCAGUGGAGGUGUUUAUAGGAUCAAAUUUCAUUUAGCUCAGAUCAGAAACAAGGAUAUAGUUCCAUGCUCUGAAGUUCCGACUGAUGUGCGGGAUCAUGUACAAGGUAUAUUAAGCAAUCCCAAGAGGCAGAGAACUCCUAAAAGACAGAAGAUGGAGCAGGUGGAAAAUGGCCAUCAAAAUAGCUCUUCUGCGAGUGGCGGCGCCCUUCCCAAUCAUGGAUCCAGUGAACAGAAUGGCAGUGCUUGUCCAUCUUUGUUAUUUCCACGUUCUUCGCCAAGUGCUCCACCCGAACCAGCAUUAGAGGAUGCUCAAAAGCAAAAACAGGAUGACGCAGAUAAAAAAGUGGCUGCAUUUUUCUUCUAUAAUUCAAUCCCUUUUAAUGCUGCUAAAUCUACGUACUAUCAGGAUAUGGUAGAUGCUAUUGCUGAAUGUGGAAUCGGUUUUAAAGCACCAACUUUUGAAAAGUUGAGAUGUAACCUCUUGGACAAAGUUAAAGGUGAUAUUCAUGAUCUGUACCGAAAAAUGAGAAAUGAAUGGAAGGAAACAGGUUGCACAAUCUUGUGCAAUUGCUGGUCUGACGCUGCAGCGUUCCUUAAUCCUUCCAUUUUCUAUAGCCUCAGCUUUAAGGUUGAUUCAAGAAUGCGGAAUGGUUUUCAAGAAGCUAUGAUGAAAAUGGCAAUAGAUGAUAAAGAUAGAAUAGAAAUAACUAAAGAACAUCCGGUGUACAUAAAUGCUCAUGGUGCUCUAGGGACUGAAUUUGCGGUAAAGGGGAGAACAUUAAAUGCCCCAGGUGACUGGUGGGCAGCAUAUGGGUAUGAAAUCCCAACAUUGCAGAGAUCUGCAAUACGGAUACUAAGCCAACCUUGGAAGAAGGAUAUGUCCCGGCCUUCAUCUAGCAAAGAAAAUGGUAAUGUAAAGGAGCUUCGCUCCUGCAUUCAUUUGAUUGGAAACUACUGGAGGGCGAAAAACUUGAAAAACUCUGAGAACUUUGGAAUUGUUGACUAA